AUGAAGCCUUACAAAAACCGGAUCUUCAUUUUCCACAUCCAAGGGGUGAUAAAUAGUAUGUUGUUGAUGCCGGAUACCCAAAUACUAAAGGGUAUCUUGCUCCAUACAAAGGUUGGUAUGUUUGAUGAAGCGUUUAACAGAGCACAACAAGAAUCUUACAAUCCCACAGGAGGUGACACUGGUAGUGAAGGUCAUGAAGAAGGUCCAACUACACAUCGCACGGAUAAUGAUGAUUCGUAUAUGGCAGCGAUACGAGAUAUUAUUGCGCAAGAUAUAAUGGAAUUGUAG